CCUGCCCUUUGUGCGUGCUGGCUGUGCAAGCAAGGUACGGCAGGCGGUACAUGUGGGGCAACUUGUAGCCCAAUUGAAGCCAUGGUCGACUACAGCAAGUGGGACAACCUCGAUUCUGAUGACUCUGACUCUGGCUCUGAUGGUGCAGCGGCGGCGGCCAAAACGAAGCAGCAGCCACCGUCGGCCCGGAAGGCCGCAGACGACCAGCGCCAGCUGGACCAGGCAAAGGCCCUGAGACUCCAGGGCAACUCUGCUUACGAACUUGGCGAUGUGUCCAAGGCGAUAGCGGCGUACGACGCCCAGCUUCGGGUCCUGGAAGGUCGCAAAGAUGAAGCAGCGGUGGAGAUGACGUACGGAGCCCUCCUCAACCAGGCCUCCGGUUUCAUCAGCCUCAAGAAGUUCAAAGAGGCAGAAGCGCGCUGCUCGCGGCUCCUGGCUAGCGCGACGCCCAGGGACGGGACUAAGGCGUACGGCGGCGACGAGGCGCGCACCAGAGCUCUCCAUUUCAGGGGUUUCGCGAGGCUUCGGCUGGGUUUUUUCGACGGGGCGUGCUCUGAUCUCAGGAGCUCGCUUGCGGCCGGCACAUCAAGGGGCGACGAGGCCAGAGCCUUGCUUCUGGAAGCAGAGGCGGGAUCGGCCAUGUCGACCUGCCCAGACCCCGAGGCCGAAGGAAGAGAGCAUCUGCGGCAAGGGCGCGGCCGCGAGGCGGCGAAGAGCUUUCGGGACGCCGCUUCUCGCGCCCGCCGUCGACAAGAUGCCGCCGGCGCAGAGGCCGGCGCAAGCGCUGUUGCGGCGACGGUGGCCCUCUCCCGAAACCUGCGCUUGGAGGGCAUUGCCGUCGCCAUGGCGGGGGAUCCCCCGUCGGCGGAGAUGCUGUUGAGGGCGGCGUUGAGAGAGUUGAGGGUUGAAGGAGGCGCUGGCAGGGUGGGCGGAGGUGGUGGUGGAGCGGUGGAGGAAGAGGGCUUGACCCUCGCCGCUCUUGGAAGCUUGCUCGCUCAGCGAGGCAAGCACGCCGACGCCCUUAAGCCGCUUCGAGAGGCCGUGGCAGUGCUCGAUGAAGCGAUUGCGGGAGUGUCGGCGAAUGAGGGUGGCGCGGCAAACAGCAGCGCCGGCACGAAUGCCGGGAGCUCUCGACCAACGCCCUCGACCACCGAGGGCAGGAAUACGGCCCUGACGCGCACCCUUACAGGAACGCUAGCUUUCUUAGGAACAUCGCUUCUGGCCCCAGAGGUGCAACCGAGCGCCAAUGACGGCAGCAACAGCAGCAGCACCACCACCACCACCAGCAGCGUUAGCGGUGGCGUCACCCCCGGCGCCAUCAAGGAAGGAGAAGAGAAAGUGACCGCCCCGGCGCCAGGCUUUUCUUGCGACGACAAAGGGCCGAUAGUGGCAGACUCAGCGGCAGCAGGGAUUUCCAAGGAAGCAGACGAAGCCAUCGAUGUGCUCAAAAGAGCCCACGAAAUGCUGAAGGCUGAAACGGCGGCAAUGACGGCGGCGGGGCCCGGCCAAAAAGACGGCCCGGCCGGGGUUUACUCUGUGGUCGGAGAGAGCCGCGGGGAAGCGGACGUGAGGAAGCAGACGGCCAAAGUCCUCGACACGCUUUCGGAAGCCUAUGGUCGCGAGAAACGCUGGGAACGUGCCAGGUCGGCCGCGGAACAGUCUCUGACGGCCUGGCGCAGCCUCGGCGUGGCCGGCAGGGUCGGUGCGGCUGCAAGCCUUUUGUCGCUGGGGCAUCUCCUGCUGCAGCUGCAUGGGGUAGGGGCUGGCUUCGAAGAGGCGAGCGCUCGAUGGGAGGAGGCAGCGACGUGUUUCAAAGAUAGCGCGGAGCCCCCAUCAGUUGAGGCAGAGGUUCGGCUCAAGAUUGCCGGCUACUACACCAAGGUGGCGCGGUCCGACCCUGCGCGCCUAGAGUCUCUAGGGGGGAAAAUCUCAGCCCAUUAUUCCGAAGCGGCCGUGCUAUUCGCUCGCGAGCGGGACGAAAAGACGAGCUCUCUGAAACGGGCGGCUGCGGCCGUGGCAGCAGCCCAGGCGCCACGGGACAAGACGGCAGAAGGUUCGGGGAGCGCGGAGCCCGUACCACCGCUGCCCCCAACGUUGGUGGAUUCGCUCGAGCCUGAUGGGAGGUCGCGCUGGGAACUGGCGGAGAAAGAGGCGUUUGCGUGGGAGGGAUACGCGGGGGCUGCAGGGGAUGACCACGAAGCGGCUGUCAGAGCUCUGACCAAGGCCGAAAAGCUGCUGGAUCACGCGUCUGUAUCGGACAAGGAUGAACGCUGGACUCUUCGGAGGGUCGGGAUCUUGCACAGCCUGGCGUUGGCUCUGGCGCGGAGCGGAGAACACGCGAUGGCCGAGAACAAGCUGCUGGAAGCCAUCCGAGAGCUGCAAGAGCUUGACGGGGUCGACUCUAACGCUGCAGCCUGUGCGCACAAGGCAAGCGGCAAUUUCUCUUCAUAG